AUGGGUUUUCUUGAGCAGGAGAAGGAGGCAGUGAAAUUAUCCCAGUUUGAAAAGGGCCGGCAACGUGGAGAGCUUCAUGAAAAGGUACUACAGCUGGAGAAGGACCUCAUGCAAAUGAGGUGUACUUUGGAGAGAGGAAGCAACGAUCAACCAAUCGAAACAUUACCAAUGAGUCGGGAAGACUUUGACAGACAGAUGCGGCAGGAGGUUGACACAGAGCUGUUCAAGCUGAGAGAGGCUCUGAGAGAUGCUGAGAUGAGGGCAAAGACACAACAAGAAGAACAAAACCAGGCUCUCCAGAAACUCCAGACUUCUACAGUGACACAGAGGGUGCUGUUGAAUCAAAUAGAGGAGAUGAAUCAAAGAAGACAGAAUCACUCCGAAAUGCAAGAGCAGCUGAGUGAAGCUAACAACAAGAUCAGUCGAGCGUUCCUGGAUAAAGCCAUCUUGUCGACUCAAGUGCUUAAGAUGGAGGAUAAUAUAAAAGAACUAAAGGCCAAUUUGACAGGCUCUUUGUCUGAAAAGAAUCACUUGAUCAAGGAGAAAGCAGCUCUGCACCAGAGGGCCCAGGUCCUGGAGUCACAGCUGCAGACGGCCCAACAAAGGUCAGAGUGUUGUGACAUUGAGCCUCAUAACAACAAACAGGAUCAGGAAACUGUUGUGAUGAAAGGGGGAAAAAAGGCUCUCAGAGAGGCAAAUGAAAAGCUGACAUGUGAGCUGGAAAAGAUUAAGCAGGAACUGAAAACAUCACAGUCUCAGCUACAGGAGGCCACGGCAGAGAGGGUCACCAGCUCCAAACAGAUCAAAGCUGUGGAGGCAGAACGAUCUCAGCUCAUUAGAGAAAAAGAAGAACUUUUGAGUAAAAUGAAUGAAGAAGACCAUGAUGAGUUAAGAAAUAUAAAAGAAAAGUGCUCCAAGUUUAGGGAAUACGUUAAAGUUUUGGAAUUAGAGAAACACAAACUGCAGGAUUGGUGCCAGUGUUUGGAGGCUGAGGUCUUCGAGAAGAGUGAGAAGCUACACCAGCAAGAGGAAGAACAUCAGAAACAAGAUGCAGUGAGAGUCCAGAGCAUCGAGGAACUGAAAGCUGCGGCCUCACACUGGGCAGAGAAAUGGCAAAAGGUUGCUUUGACACUGCAGUCCACACAGGAGGAGCUAGAGGAACUCAAAAGGAAUAACUCCAGGAAUGAAAAGGAAUCAGACUUACUCCUAAAGUUUGAGCUUGAUGCAUGCAAACGAGAGCUGGAGAGGAGCAGGAGUCCGGCUCUGAUUCACAGAUAUAAAGAUAAAGGCGGUGAAGCCUCAGUACAAACUGAGGACACAGAGACACAGACAGUCUUAUCACAAUCCUCUUUGUUAUGGGAGCCGCCAUCAGACUCCCACCGCAGCCAAAACAAAGCCCCUGGGGCCUUUGAAGAUGACCAAAAUGCUGGAAGCCAUGCAAAUGUCUCAACCACUGACUCACUGAGGGCCCAGCUGGAAGAGAGCAGGAGGAGGACGAACCAGCUGCAGCGGAAGGAAGCACAGGCAGUCCAGAGGCUUCAAACACUGGGGCUUUACUCUGUUAAAGAUGAGAAACCGCCUGUUGAAGGCAGGAAGGAUAAAAUGAAUGUAGAUACAGACCAGCAGAGGAAGAUGGUCACAGAGCAGUUAAAGAGUCUGUUUAAGGGGCAAGAAGGAAAGGAGGCUCACAACAGAUCUGCAGCAGGUCAGACUGAAGCCUCCUCAGCUCAGGACUGGUCUCAAACAUCUAAAGUUGUGAGGAAUCCAGUGGACAGGAGGAUUUGGCAGCAGAGCUCCGGUUUGAUGCCGGUGUUUGAGGAGGACGAGGAGGGCAGCGACUGGCCGACAGGGGAGGAGGGAAAGGAGGAAGAAGAGGCUCAUGCAGAGGAAAACCUCCCCAACCAGAGCCUACAGAUGUCAUCUUUGAGUGCAGAAAUCUACAAUCUGAAGGCAAAAAAUGAGAAUCUGCUGGAAGCCACACUAACGUGCAAGCAAUCAAUUCAAGACCGCCGUCCUCCUGCAAAGAAACGGUCAGACACGUCUCGUCACUGUUCAGAUGACAUUGACCUGCAGCAGAAAAUAUCACUAUCCUUCUAUCCUGACGGAGUAUUCCUGGCCGAGCUUGUAGAUAUAAGUAGCCCUGAUGAAGAUGAAGAGGAGGGAAAGGGCAAAUGAUGUGUUCCUGAAUUGGGCAAAAGUUGCUAUAUACUGCAAUACAUGCACAGUAAUCACAGAGGGCUGCACCAGCCAACA